AACAAAAAACAAAAAACAAAAAAACCUCAGCUUUCCUGUGGGAUAAGUCGGGGGAUAUUCUUAUUUUAUUAAAGACUCUGGUUUCAGAAGUUCAGGGUAAGUUGGGGACAGUGGUACUGGGCUGAGAGGAGGGCUUGGCAGGGCUCAGAAGACCCAGGCCUGGCUGAGUGGAGAACUGAAUGCCUGGGGAAGAGGUAGAGGAAGUGAUUUCAGACCUCAUGCCUACCUUUGGAUUUUCUCAGGACGGCCUCCUCCUUCAGAGCACACCAGUGCAACUUGUAACUGCCAGCAGUAGCAUUUGUUUGCCCAAGAUCUUCUUUUGCCUCUGGAGCCCAUUUUGGCUGUCCACUUGUCGGGCCAGAAGUUCAGGAGCAUCCUGGGAGAAGGAGCCCACCCCUGGGGGAAGCCUUCAUCCAGUGACUAACAGGAGGUGGAGUAUGGAUAUCACAGCUCUGUCACCCCUGGGCUUGAGUAGCUGAUGUGUACGCCUUACACUGGCUUCCUAGCAGGCUUCAGCUUGUCACCCACAGUGGUAGCUGGCUUGACAGCACUGUUUUUUGGUUCCUUUCCCUUUCUUGUCACAUUUCUUCACUUCCCUAUUGGUGUUUGCUUUCAUCUCCCAAAUAAGCCCCCUCACUAGAGUCUUUGUCUCAGGAGAUGCUUUUGGGGAAAGCUAAGAACUAAAAUGCCUCACCUUUUCUUUCAGAAAGGUUGUUUAAGGCUUCUGGCAUAAAUGCCCUCACACUUUCAAGGUGGGCAUGAUGAGCAGGGAAUCAAAGUGAAGACAUUAGUUAAGUGGCCCAGAUUACAAAUAUGCCGGCUAGCAAGCACCUGCUGGGGUACUUGGAAGAGAGUGCUUGGAAGGGCACUGGCUCCCUUUGACUUCUUUCUCUAAGCUUGACGCUGACUAUUCCUUUCCUAUCCACACGCUCUUUCUUGACACUGGGCACAGUUUGAAAUUUGACUAGGAGUCUGUUUUCUAAAUAAACAUCAUAUUCCAGCCUUGCCGCCCUAAGAUGAUGCCAAGUCAUCUUGAUGGAGCAGCACAUCUACCCAAGCUUUGAAUUAAGUGUUUACAGGCAGUCUCUUGUUUUACUUCCUGAAGCUAAAGAUGUAUUAUUUCAUUAGCCUAGCACCUUGUCCCUUCUAGAAUCUGUCACAUAAUCCCCUAUUUCAGUCACUUAAUCCUGUGAGACCUGCCAGGUCCUUCAGUUUAAUUGAGGGGUAUCGGCUAGCCAUCCUUUCCUCCAGACACAGUUGCUUGAAGAAUAAAUGUGAAGUGAAAAACUGGAGACAAGAGUGAUACCUAGGCUUGAGUCAUUGUUUGGGUCCCAGCCCAAGGACACUGCUCCUCAGGGCGCAAUGGAAAGAAUCUACAUGGUGUUUCCUGUUGGGGGUCAGGGGUUACAAGUAGUCAAACAGAUAUUGCAUCUCUUGCACCAGAGGGCAAUACAGUGAGAGAUGUAUACAGGCGUCUCUGAAAACCUCACAUUUAGGAAAAGAAAACCUCUUAACGAAGGCCAAAAAAGUUAAAUGGCUUGAAGAUUUCACAGCUAGGAAGGGCCAAGCUGGGAUUAGACCCUAAUUCCAGACCCCAUGGUCUUAACCACAGGGUCAGGCAUGUGGGUGGCAGAGGACAAGUGACUGGGAGAGUUUUCACAGUGGAAGUGAAAACAGGUGAGCAAGGAUAUCAAGGUUUCCUGAAGAAGUAGGUGGGGAAUGAAAAACAGCCAGGGUCAUAAUACCCCUUAAAGAUACAGCUUCACGGACUUCCGUGGCAGAAAAACUCAGUUACCCAAUUGGGGAGCACAUAGCUAAACUCCUCUUCUCCUUUGCUUCUUUGAUGCUAUCAGAACUGCUUUGAAGACUUCCCUUGAAAAACAAAGCUCCCCACCUUGCAUUCCUGGGAGCUGUCAAAGAAACAACCUUUAAUAAGCGCUCCAGCACCUCUGAUAACUGGAUAUUCGGGGGACUUGGAGAAUCCUUAAUGUCUCUAUUUUUUGGUUUGCCUUGUUCCUGGGACCAUCAGGACGCCAGCAAUCCACUUCGACAUUGAAACUGUGCCAAGGCUAAGGCUUAGGUGGAAACAAAUGAAUAUAUCCUUGUCACUGACCCGGCUUUAGCAGCGUGCCCCUCAUCAUCCCAAAUGCCGCGGUGGGCUUCCUCCCACCUGCCUGUCUGCUUCCUUUACAAGAGGCUAAGCAGACACCACGCGAGCGUGUGCGCGCUGGGCACAGAGCACCCGAACCGCUGUCGGAGGAGUUUCAGGCGGGAGUGGGAGCGGCUGGGCGUGGGGGCAGCAACGGCGCCACCCAGCACGGUGGGGGGAGUCAGGCUUGUCGAGCCGGAGCGCGUCAACGUCGCCGAGAGAGACGCCGCGCUGCCCAAUAGGCGGAGGCGCUUCCUAGCAGCCUGGUGGGAGCAGAGAUAGAAAAGUGCUCCAACAAGCCCGGGGCUGGCGUGCCGAGCGCGGGCUGGUGGCUGGCGGCGCGGUGCUCCGCGGGUCCGGGCUCCCUGGUCCGCGGGACCGCCCUGCACGCUCUGCGCCUUGAACCCCGGCUGUGCGCUCGGAACCCAGCGGGCAGGGACGCCAGCCCGCAGGCUCCCAGGGGAGGGGUGGCUCCUGCAAAAUGGUCCCUCACCUGGUGCUGCUCUGCCUCCUCCCCUUGGUGCGAGCCACCGAGCCCCACGAGGGCCGGGACGACGAACAGAGCCUCGAGGCGGCCCUGGGCGUGGCCAACGCCUCGCACUUCUCCUGGAACAACUACACCCUCUCGGACUGGCAGAACUUUGUGGGCAGGAGGCGCUACGGCGCCGAGUCCCAGAACCCCACGGUGAAAGCCCUGCUCAUCGUGGCUUACUCCUUCAUCAUCGUCUUCUCACUCUUUGGCAACGUCCUGGUCUGUCAUGUCAUCUUCAAGAACCAGCGAAUGCACUCGGCCACCAGCCUCUUCAUCGUCAACCUAGCGGUCGCCGACAUCAUGAUCACACUGCUCAACACCCCCUUCACUUUGGUUCGCUUUGUGAACAGCACGUGGGUGUUUGGGAAGGGCAUGUGCCACGUCAGCCGCUUUGCCCAGUACUGCUCCCUGCACGUCUCAGCACUGACGCUGACAGCCAUUGCAGUGGACCGCCACCAGGUCAUUAUGCAUCCCUUGAAACCCCGGAUCUCAAUCACAAAGGGUGUCAUCUACAUCGCUGUCAUCUGGACCAUGGCUACGUUCUUUUCACUCCCACACGCUAUCUGCCAGAAAUUAUUUACCUUCAAAUACAGCGAGAACAUUGUGCCCUCCCUCUGCCUGCCAGACUUCCCUGAGCCAGCUGACCUCUUCUGGAAGUACCUGGACUUGGCCACCUUCAUCCUACUCUACAUCCUGCCCCUCCUCAUCAUCUCUGUGGCCUACGCUCGUGUGGCCAAGAAACUGUGGCUGUGUAACACGAUUGGCGAUGUGACCACAGAGCAGUACCUUGCCCUGCGGCGCAAAAAGAAGAAGACUAUCAAGAUGUUGAUGCUGGUGGUAGUCCUCUUUGCCCUCUGCUGGUUCCCGCUCAACUGCUACGUCCUACUCUUGUCCAGCAAGGUCAUCCGCACCAACAACGCCCUCUACUUUGCCUUCCACUGGUUUGCCAUGAGCAGCACCUGCUACAACCCCUUCAUAUACUGCUGGCUGAACGAGAACUUCAGGAUUGAGCUAAAGGCAUUACUGAACAUGUGCCAAAGACCUCCCAAGCCUCAGGAGGAGAGGCCGCCCUCCCCGGUUCCUUCUUUCAGGGUGGCCUGGACAGAGAAGAGUGAUGGCCAGAGGGCUCCCCUCACCAAUAACCUCCUGCCCACGUCCCAACUCCAGUCUGGGAAGACAGAUCUGUCAUCUGUGGAACCCAUUGUGACGAUGAGUUAGAGGACGUAGGAAAGAGGCAAUGGGAGGGGUCUAUCUCCAUCUGAGGCAGAGAAAGAGAACCUGUUCUCACACAUGAUCUUGAGAGUGCUGGAAACACACUCCUGCAGAAGCUGUAGGACUCUUCGCUUCCUAGGAAACUGUCUAGCCUCCUAGCCCCAUGUGAUGUGAAAACUAAAAGGCACCACCAACUAGACAUGUGUUCAUAAAUUCCCAUCUAAGACAUACCACACUUGGAGGUAUAGCAGCCUGGAUCUCUGAGGAAGUGGACGGUGGACAACUUUGGCCCAGAUAGGGGCUGAAUCAUUCAACUGCCUCCAUCUGUGAGGCAGCUGCUGCCUUACAGCCUUCCCUACUGCUGAGCAUCCAAAAGGGAGACCUGAAUCAUACUUUGGGUAUGGUGACCCAGAUGCACAGAGCUCUGCUUGAAACAGGUGCACAGGCCAGGGAAAUGCCAGCAAGCCAGAGCUGGCAUGGAGAUUUUCAUGCCUCACUUUCUGGAGUCACUGGGCCAUGAAGAAUCACAAGUCUUCAGUGGCCUACCAAUAUCCAGACAAGAAAGGACCAACUUGGGUUCCUUAAAACAAAGGGAAAUUAUUAUUGCCACUUAGAAAAAUUCAGAAAAGUGUGCACGCACACACACACACACACACACACACACACCCCACUCUCUUUUCCCAUCAAUUUGUGAUAACAUCUGUGAACAUGCUGUGGCUGUAUCUGCAAUGUUUUCCUUUGUGUAUGUGACUGUGUGCAUGUUUGGAUGAAAUUUUUUUUUCAUUCAUGCUUUUUCAUUUAGAUUGUAAUGAUAAGAAACAGGGGCACAGCAAAAUAUUUCUGACCACCUUUCCCAGGGGUGUCCACCAGAAGAGUUGAAGAGGUGAGAAAACCCAAGGUGAAGCCUGUCACCACGCAGGCAGAGCUGGCCCCUACUGUAGACAGUGGUGGGAAGGGCCUGACUCACAUGCGCCUCCUCAGAGCAGCCUCAAGAUGAUCCAGGGAAUCAAACUCAACCGGGAGACAUGAUUCCUUCUCCCCCGCAAUCACGCAAAAACAAAAGGUGGUGAAAAAUUGUUCUGUUUUCAUAAGAGAUGAGGGAGCAGGCUUUCCAACAUGCUGAAAGUAAUUGUGCUUAGACACCUCAUCCUUCCAAGCUGUCUAGACAAGUCGUUUCUCUGUGUUGUCUGAGUAAUGAGGGUUCUUGCUGUCGACAUCAUUUUAGUGGUUCAGGUGUCACUUUCACUUUCAGAAACCUAUGGAAUCCUUAAGAAACCUUAACACUUAAGGGUCUAACUUGCCAGAGAAAUCUCAUUCCAAGGACUGAUUGUUUUUUAUCACCUUCCAUCUGGUCCUGAGUGGCUCACUGUGUCACCAGAAAAUCGACCUGUCAGGCAGAAUCCAGCUUAAUUCACUUGCUCUAAACAAUUGCUACUGUUAACUAGGUUAGCCCUGGAGGUUUAGCAUUGGUUUAUAGGUUUCCUUCUAGCACCAGAUGAACCCUGAAAGCAAAGCAUGGAUAUGAGCUCAGUAGGAAACUAAGGUUUGAGGGAGAAAGAGUUUGUCACUUAGACCUCUUGGCUGUUGAUUGAAACUGAACUUGGUCACACCAUCUGCUUCCGUAUAAUGAACUAUGAGGGUUCAUUAUCCUACUUUCUAUCUAUGAAGAUGGCUGAAAAUUUUCAAGACACAAAAUUUUGAAAACUCACUUACUGAAUUAUGGACAAAAUUGUGACUUUCAUUGGACAGAGAGAGUUUUCUAAGCGCACAGGGAUCCCCAAAUGGAUUUUUCAGGACAAAUGGCUCAUGUGUCUGUACUUAUUGUCUCUGCCGUGUCAAGAAGUAGCUAGUGUUUUCAUCUGAAUGUUGCCAUAGAAAGUCUGUGAACCAGAAUGAGACAAGGCAGCAGGGAUACAGGUUUGUCCUGCUCUGGGAAGCAUGGAGGAUGUUGCACUUCACUCCUUUCCGAGAGUGUCUAGGUAUAUAGAAACUCCUUGACUUACAUCUCAAUAAAGCAAUCGUAAGUCAAAAAUAUUGGAAGUGGAAAAUGCAUUGAAUACACCCAACCUACUGAACAUUGUAGCUUAGCCAAGCCUACCUUAAAUGUGCUGAGAACACUUCUAUUAGCCUACAGUUGGGCAAAAUCAUUUAACACAAAGCUUAUCUUAUAAUAAAGUAUUGAACAUCUCAUGUAAUUUAUUGAAUACUGCACUGAAAUUGAAAACCAGAAUGGUUGUAUGGAAAUGCAAAGUAUGGUUUCUACUCAAUGUGUAUUGCUUUCACAUCAUCAUAAAUUUUUUUUAAAAUCCUAAGUUGAACCAUCAUUAGUCAGGGACCUUUGGUACUGCCAAGUCUCAGAAAAAACCCUUUUCUUGGGGAGCACCCACUGAUGGCUCAUUAGGUCUGUCCCCUCCCCAAGGUCCCUGUGUGCCUUUGAGCAAAAGUGACUUGUAUUUGUGAAUGUAAAAUUUGUGAAACAUGAGUUUUUCCAAUGUGCUGCAAAGUGUUUUAUUGUAAAUUACUCAUCUCAAUAAAAUUUAUUUCAGGUGUGUGG